AUGGCUUACAGAGCCAAGGUGCAGGCAACUAAGAAGGCUCAGGGAAGUUAUGCAGACCAGUACAACCUCUUAGAAAGCUAUGCACAUGAAUUGAAGAAAAGGAACCCAGGGACCUCAGUCUGGAUAGCCACUGAGUUGGAUGGGGAGUUGACUAGGUUUAAAAGAAUAUAUAUUUGCAUCGAGGCUCUGAAGAAAGGUUGGAGGGAGGGGUGCAGGCCCAUAAUAGGGCUGGAUGGUUGUCACCUUAAGGGUGUACAUAAGGGACAGCUUUUAUCUGCAGUAGGAAUAGACGGGAACAAUGGUAUAUAUCCCAUUGCAUGGGCAAUAGCAGAAGCUGAAAGCAGAAAAUCAUGGCAGUGGUUUCUGGAAUUUCUGAAGGAAGACUUGGAUAUACAUCACUCAAGUCACUACUCAUUCAUGAGUGACAAGCAGAAAGGACUUGAGCAAGUAAUUAAGGAUCUGUUUCCAGACUCCCAACAUCGACAUUGUGUCAGACACCUGCAUAACAAUUUCAAGAAUGAUGGCCAUAGAGGGUUGGAGUUGAAGCAGAAGCUAUGGGCAGUGGCUAGAGCUUGUACAAUGAGCCAGUAUGCAAGUGCAAUGGAAGACAUGAAGAAGAGUUCAGUAGGAGCAUGGCAGUGGUGCUUGGAUAGGCCUGCUAUACACUGGUCCAAGUCUCAUUUUCAUGAGAAAUUCAAGUGUGAUGUUCUGCUCAAUAACCAUAGUGAAAGCUUCAACAAAAGCAUUCUAGAGGCAAGGAAGAAACCUAUUCUCCCAUGCUUGGAAGAUAUCAGAAUGGCCACAAUGUUGAGGUUGGCAAACAGGAGACAAAGUGGGCCAAAUUGGAGGUGUAGAGUUGGCCCCAGGGUGGAGAAACAGUUGAAGAAACAAGCAGACUUGGCUGCUGAUUAUAGACCAAGGGAGUCAAGUGACCUCAGGUUUGAAAUUCAAGGAAGAGGGGUGGGCUGUGCAAGUGGGGUGGUGGCACAACAUUCUGUGGCUUUAGAUAUGAAGUCUUGUACCUAUAAGAGAUGGGAUAUUUCUGGUCUUCCUUGUGGCCAUGCCAUAGCUGCAAUAUACUCAAAGGGAAGGUCGCCAGAUGAGUAUGUCGAUGACUACUUUACGAAGGAGAGAUACAUGAAGGCAUAUGAGCCAAUCAUGUACCCAAUAAAUGGAGUGCAAGAGUGGGAUAUGAUAAACAGGCCUAUUGCCCCACCUCUUUAUAGGAGACAGCCUGGGAGACCUAAGAUGGCUAGAAACAAAGAAGCAGGUGAAGUGGAACCACCAGCUGGAUUAACCAAGCUGCCCAAAGUUUAUUACACUCAAGUUAAAUGUGGCAUCUGUAAGAAGAAAGGCCACAAUAGGAGGACAUGUCUCAGCAGAAAUCAGGCUCCAAAUGAUAAUGACCAGUCUGAGCCUCAACAUGAGGAGGUUCAACAUCAGGCUGUGCAGCAGGAGGUUCAAAAUGAGGGGGUGCCAACUGAUAAUGUGCAGCAGGAGGUUCAAGCUGAGGAAAGCAUUCCAGCAUCUGAUUCUGUGCCUUUUAUGCAGUCACAACAGUCCACCAAUGGAAACUGGGCAACACAGGAUGAUGAUGGGAUGAGCGGUAGAAAGAAAUCGGACAUCAGCCAGUCAAUUCUCUGUCGGCUGUACUUGCCUUGA